AUGAACACAGUCACCACUAGCUACGUCGCGGUGCUACCACCGACCUCGAACACGCUUGACGGCCGCCAGCGCGCGCGCCUCAUCCGCUCUACCCGCAAACUGGGGGCGGUCUUGGGCGCAACACCGCUGCUGCUUGAAGGGAACGUCCGCCCGUUUGGUUACACCGCAGCCAAGCCCCUCCCAUCUCCGCCCAAACGUGACAGGAAGCGUCGUCAGGGCUCCGUAUUUGGGUUCGCGCCACCGACAGAGCCCUCUUCAUCCACCUCCCUCGCCCUUCCCCGCACGUCCACAGACUCGCAGUCCUCCGUCGACUCCAUGCCCUCACUCCCCACCCCCCAGUCGUUCGCCCGCCACGUGCGCGAGAAAUCCAAGUACAAGGGCAAGAGCGCCCCCCUCCCCGCCCCGCUCGUCCUCCGCCUCAACGCCCGCCACCCUCCCCGUCCCCGGCCCCUCCACCCACUCCGGCCUCCCCAAGACCCCCACCACCCCCGUCACCCCACUGCGACGGAGACGCGCCGGAAGCGGCUCGCGAAGCUCAAGCGCACCCUCGGCGAGAACGUGCCCCCCGAGCUCAUCAUGCCCCGCAACCGCCACGCCCACUCCGUCGCCUCCCCCACCGAGCCCUCCCGCCCCAAGCGCGCCGCACCCCCGCCCCAGCGCGCGGACUCGUACGUCCCCUCGCACCCGUCCGCGGACGCGGUCGCCAAGACGGCGCGGCGCCGCAGCCUGAGCGUCGACCACUACAAGCACGGCGUCGGGUCCCCCGUGCCCGUCGCGCGCCCUGCGCCCGCGUCCCCCGCGCACGCGCACGGACGCUCGCCCUCGACCCCGCCCGCGAUGGCAAUGGCAGACCGCGGGCCGGGCAGCGCGGGCGCGCACGGGUGGACGACGGGCGCGAAGAGCUGGAUGGGCGAGUGGAACCGGAAGGACAUCCGCGACGUGCAGAACCAGCUCCGCAAUCUCCGGCUGAGGUGA